AUUGAUUUAUGAAACUACAUAUCUACAAAAUUUCAUCAUAACUUCAUUUUUCCAAAUUUUACAUAUUAUGUACUUACAGAUAUGUGUACAUAUCAGUUUUAAAGUUUAUCGAAUUCUUUUGGUCCAUUUAAAAAAUCAUACAGAUUCACAGUCUAUUGAACUACUUGUAAGCCCAAAAGUGGAUUUAUGAAUUUCACCAAUAAAGUUGUGCUUCUAACGGGCGCAGCAUCAGGAAUAGGUGCUGCCACAGCCGUUAAAUUCUCGGAACUGGGUGCGAAACUCGCAAUUGUGGAUCGAAGCAAAGAGGGACUUAAAAAAACAGCAGAGAAUUGUUUGAAACACGCCAAGUCCAAAGAUCAAGGUGAAAUACUUCAAUUAGUCGGCGACGUUAGCCAACCUGAAGAUCUCGAAUGCAUAGCAAAGCAGACGAUUGAUAAGUAUAAAAGGUUGGAUGUGCUGGUUAACAAUGCUGGUAUCAUGGAGGAUGGCACGAUUGAAAACACUAGCCUUAAACAGUUCGAUUGUAUGAUUCAUACAAAUUUGCGUUCCCAAUUCUACUUAACCCUUUUAUUGGUACCGGAACUGUUGAAGACGAAGGGUAAUAUUGUGAAUACAUCAAGUAUAUGUGGCAUGCGUUCGUUCCCCAACACUUUGGCGUACAACAUUUCCAAAUCGGGUGUGGAUCAAUUUACGCGUUGUGUAGCAUUGGAGCUGGGCGAGCGAGGAGUACGCUGCAAUUGUAUAAAUCCCGGUGUCAUAUACACAAAUUUGCAGAAACGGUAUUUGGACGAGAAGGCAUAUGAAGAAUUUAUCAAGAAAGCAAAACACACACAUGCUCUGGCACGUUAUGGCCAACCGGUUGAAGUGGCAAAUGUGAUAUGCUUUCUAGCAAGUGAUCUGGCUAGCUUUAUCACAGGGCACAGUGUACCCGUAGAUGGUGGAAGACACGCCAUGACACCGCGUUGAAUCGCGUUUUCAAAAAUGGUAUUAAAAUGCUGGUGAAUUCAAAAUUUGCGGAUUUUAUCAAAAUCUGUUUCAAUCUUAAUUAGGCCUUAAAAUAAAAAAUACUGAGUUUU